AUGUCUUUUGAAUGCAAAGAUUACAACAAAAUUCUAGAAUGCUUUACUAUCGAACAUCCAUUUUCUUUGAAUAUAACAGUCUAUCCUAAUGGAGAUGAAAAUAAUUUAGAUCGUGAUAAACGUUUAUUAUAUAUAACACUCAUUGUAGAACUUCCAUCGAUAUAUCCAGAUUUAAAUUCAUCAAAAAUAACUCUUUGUCAUCUUCGUGGUUUAACAGAUGAACAAAUCAAUGAAUUAAAUUCUUUAAUAUAUUCUUGUCUUGAAUCAAAUAUUGGUUCUUGUGUACUUUAUGAAUGUAUCGAAUCCAUACGUUCGAAAUUAUCUGUUUAUGAACUUCCACAGGAAGCUUGUGCUAUAUGUUUAGCAUUAAUAAAGCCUGUACGUCGACAAAUACUUACAAAUAAUAUUAUUGAACAAUUACCAUCAUUAUCAUACUCGACUGAGCAAAAUUCCAAUAAAGAGCAUCAAGAAUUAAUUAAAAAAUUUUCACCACAUAUAAAACAAUGA